AUGAGAUCAUUUGUCUUGAUAUAUUCACUCAUUAUUUCAAUAGUAUUAGCAGCUCCAACAACACCAGUUUUACCAAGUGAAGAUGAAUUCUAUACGCCUCCAAUAGGAUUCGAAAGUGCAGAAUUAGGAUCUAUUUUGAAGUUUAGAAAUACACCAAACAAAAUCAGAAGCAUUAUUUUUCCAAUUAACCUUAAAAAUUCAUGGCAAUUAUUGGUUAGAUCUGAAGACUCAUUUGGUAAUCCAAAUACAUUUGUUACAACAGUUAUGGAGCCUUAUAAUGCUGAUCCAAAUAAAGUCAUUAGUUAUCAAACUUUUGAAGAUAGUGCCAAUAUAGAUUGCUCUCCACUGUAUGGGGUUUUAUAUGGAGCUUCAAUGACGACAAUUGCUACUCAAAUAGAUAUGACCUUCAUGACCUUAGCAUUAAAUAGAGGCUAUUUUGUAGUUUCACCAGAUUAUGAGGGUCCUAAAUCUACAUUUACCGUUGGAAGACAAUCAGGAUAUGCUACCUUGAAUUCAAUUAGGGCUUUUUUAAACUCAAAAAAUAUUACUGGAAUUGAACCUGAUGCUAAAGUUGCAAUGUGGGGCUAUUCAGGAGGUUCUUUAGCUAGCGGUUGGGCAACUACAUUUUUACCAAAAUAUGCGCCUGAGCUUGAAAAAAAUGUUAUUGGUACAGCACUAGGUGGAUUUGUCACUAACAUUACAGCGACAGCCGAAGCAGUUGAUGGUGGUCUAGCUGCUGGGUUAAUACCGGUAGCAUUAACUGGAUUAACCAAUGAGUAUACAGAAGCUUCAAAUUUUUUGACUGAUAAUGUUGAUCCAGAUCAAAUAGAUAAAGUUACAACAGCCAAAGAAAUUUGUUUAGGUGAGGCAGUUAUAGACUUUUUUGGUGAUAAUAUUUUAACGGGGGAGAAACCAAUGUUUCCAAAAGGAUUUAAAUUAUUAAAUUUACCAGAAAUAAAUGCAAUAGUUCACGAAAAUAAUUUGGUUGAAUUAGAUCCUCAAGAAUACUUACCGAUAACACCAGUUUUUAUAUAUCACGGUACUUUGGAUCAAAUCGUACCGAUCAAAAGCUCUUUACGAACUUUUAAUCAAUGGUGUGACGCAGGCGUCAAAUCGGUUGAAUUUGCAGAAGAUUUAUUGAAUGGUCAUAUUACAGAAACUUUGAUUGGAGCUCCAGCCGCUUGGACUUGGAUCGAAGAUAGAUUUGCAGGGAAACCACCAGUAGAUGGAUGUUCACAUACUACUAGGUUGGAAAAUUUAUUCUAUCCAAAUAUUUCACAAGCCACUUAUGACUACUUUGAUGGUUUAAUUGAUGCUGUUUCAUUCGCAAAAAUUGGUUAUCAAGGUUUAGAAUCAGAUAAUAUUUCAAGCUCUGCAUUUUACAGCUUUUUAAGUGAUAUUAGUGCUUUUUUAGACUGA